AUGUCUGUCAUGUUGCAUACGCCCUCGCGAGCUUCCACCGCCUCCUCCUCCUCGUUCCAGCCCGUCUCCCGACAGAACACCAUGUCGUCCUACGAUGGCUCGCGGUCUGCCCGCCAGUCCAAGCGGUACUCCAUGUCCGCCCUGUACAUGUCCAUGUCGGCAAACGAGACCGACCUGGAGAUCGAAGACGAGCUUGCCAAGGCACAGAAGAGACUCCGCGACCUCAAGGCCAAAAUCUCGUCCCAAUCGAAGCAGAACUUUGUGCUGGAAAAGGAUGUGCGCUAUCUCGAUUCGAGAAUCGCCCUGCUGAUCCAGAACCGUAUGGCGCUGGAGGAGCAAAAUGAAGUUGCUAGCCGUCUCGAAGAUACCCCGGAGCUGCAGGUCGGCGCCUUUCCCAAUGACGACAAGACCCAGAAGUACGGCAACCUCAUGUUCUUAUUACAAUCCGAGCCGAGGCAUAUUGCCCACCUGUGCCGCCUGGUUUCCAUGUCCGAGAUCGACUCCCUGCUCCAGACUGUCAUGUUCACCGUCUACGGAAACCAGUACGAGAGCCGCGAAGAGCAUCUGCUCCUGACCAUGUUCCAGUCCGUCCUCACCUACCAGUUCGACAACACCCCCGAAUACUCGUCGCUGCUGCGCGCCAACACUCCCGUCUCGCGCAUGAUGACCACCUACACGCGGCGUGGUCCCGGCCAGAGCUUUCUCAAGUCCGUGCUUGCCGACAGGAUUAACAGCCUGAUCGAGCUCAAGGACCUCGAUCUAGAGAUCAACCCGCUCAAGGUGUACGAGCGCAUGGUUGCCCAGAUCGAAGAAGACACCGGCAGUCUGCCUGCCUCUCUACCCAAGGGCAUCACUGCCGAGCAGGCCGCCGAAAACCCUCAGGUUCAGGCCAUCAUCGAGCCGCGCUUGACCAUGUUGAGCGAGAUUGCAAACGGCUUUCUGGCCACCAUCAUCGACGGCCUGGAUGAGGCGCCCUAUGGCAUUCGCUGGAUCUGCAAGCAGAUCCGCAGCCUCGCCAAGCGCAAGUAUCCCGACGCAAACGAACAGAUCAUCUGCACGCUCAUCGGCGGCUUCUUCUUCCUGCGCUUCAUUAACCCUGCCAUUGUGACGCCCAAAUCAUACAUGCUCAUCGAUGGCACUCCCGCUGACCGGCCGCGUCGCACCCUGACGCUCAUUGCCAAGAUGCUGCAGAACCUUGCCAACAAGCCGUCGUACGCAAAGGAGCCGUACAUGGCCAAGCUGCAACCCUUUAUCCACCAGAACAAGGACCGCGUCAACAAGUUUAUGAUCGAUCUCUGCGAGGUCCAGGACUUUUACGAGAGCCUGGAGAUGGACAACUACGUCGCGCUAUCCAAGAAGGAUCUCGAGCUGUCCAUCACCCUAAACGAGGUUUACGGCAUGCACGCCCUGAUCGAGAAGCACUGCAACGAGCUCUGCAAAGACCCAAACUCUCACCUGGCCAUCAUCAUGGCCGACCUGAAUACAGCCCCUCCGCAAGUGCCGAGGAAGGAAAAUCGGGUCAUCAACCUUCCGCUAUUCAGCCGCUGGGAGGCCGCUCUCGACGACCUCACCGCUGCUCUUGACAUCACCCAGGAAGAGGUGUAUUUCAUGGAGGCAAAGUCCGUUUUUGUCCAGAUCAUGCGAUCCAUCCCCCAGGGCUCGUCUGUCUCUCGCCGCCCAUUGCGUCUGGAGAGAGUAGCCGACGCAGCGGCGACGUCCAAGAACGACGCUGUCAUGGUUCGCAAGGGCAUCCGUGCCAUGGAGCUGCUUAGCCAGCUGCAGGAGAUGAAGGUCACCGACAAGUCCGAUGGGUUCUCUCUCCUGCGCGACGAGGUGGAGCAGGAGCUGCAGCAUCUGGGCUCGCUGAAAGAAGGCGUCAUCACCGAGAUAACGAAGCUGUCAGAGGUGUACGCCACCAUCACGGAUCACAACACCUACCUGAACGGCCAGCUGGAGACGUACAAGAGCUAUCUUCACAAUGUGAGAAGCCAAAGCGAGGGAGCUCGCCGCAAGCCCCAAAAGCAGCAGGUGCUCGGCCCGUACAAGUUCACGCACCAGCAGCUGGAAAAAGAGGGUGUUAUCCAGAAGAGCAAUGUGCCUGACAACCGGAGAGCCAACAUCUACUUCAACUUCACUAGUCCCCUGCCAGGCACUUUUGUCAUAUCUCUCCACUACAAAGGACGCAACCGAGGCCUCUUGGAGCUAGAUUUGAAGCUUGACGACCUGUUGGAGAUGCAGAAGGACAAUCUGGACGACCUGGAUCUGGAAUACGUCCAAUUUAACGUGCCCAAGGUCCUGGCCCUGCUCAACAAGCGCUUUGCCAGAAAGAAGGGCUGGUGA